UUAUACGUAACGCACCAUAUGAAGUCACAUCUGAUCCCCAAUUUUGACCAUUGAUUUGCAAUCACCUGUAAUCAUGGCCUCCGGCGACCAAGAAGAGUCCCUUCAGACUCAAAACCACUACUUGUGUGGUUCUCUAGCAGCGUUCGCCAACAUCAUCAUCACAUUUCCCAUUCACAAAGCCCUGUUCCGCCAGCAGCUGUUUGGCGUGCAUGCAUGGGAUGCCGUGCGAGGGCUCCAGAGGGACGGUUUGCGGACCCUAUAUCGUGGCAUCCUUCCACCAUUGCUCCAAAAAAGCAGCACAAUCGCAAUUAUGUUCGGACUCUACGAGGAUUUCUCCAGAAUUCUGAGGGUUCAUGCUCCUGAAGCCCCCGUCCAGUUUAGAGACGCCAUUGCAGCAAUAUUAGCAGGAACAGCGGAAGCAGUUUUGACGCCUUUUGAGAGGGUGCAAACUCUACUGCAGGACCCUCGUCAUCAUGGGAACUUUCAGAACACCGCACACAUUUUUCGUGUUUUGCUACAGCAACAUGGCUUUUUAGAGCUGUACCGUGGCCUCGUCCCGAUCCUGAUCAGAAAUGGCCCCAGCAAUGCUUUGUUCUUUGGUCUGCGUGGACCGAUUAAGGAAUUGCUCCCUGAAGUUGAGUCAAAGGCCGGGCAUUUAAUUAAUGAUUUUGUGUGUGGAGGGAUUUUAGGAGCAGGUCUCGGAGUGGUGUUUUACCCUCUGAAUGUGGCCAAGUCUCAUGCGCAGGUACAGAUCGGAGGACCGUUUCAGUCCUGCAGGGUGAUUUUAGCUAGUGUUUUGAGAGAGAGGGAUGGGAAGGUGAGCCGUCUGUUUCGAGGUGUGCAUUUGAACUUCCAGAGGUCGAUAUUUUCUUGGGGCAUCAUAAAUGCUGCGUAUGAACUCUUGUUGAAAAUGAUGUGAUCGAGAUGAGACUUAAGGUUAAGGUGAAGGAGAGUUAAGGUUGGAAGAGCAUUCCUGAUUUGGAGAAAUUAGUCUUCCUUUUACUCUAUUUCUGCUGCUAAUAAAACAGAAGAACAGGGAUUAUUUAAAGUGCCGUAUUCAAGGUUAAUGGAAAAUCUUUAAUUUUAGCUAUAUCAUUUUAAAUUCAUGGACAUUUUUACAUUUGGAGCAAACUUUCUAAAAUAAUUUUGAAAGAAGUACCUUAUACUCUCAGAAAUUACGUAUCAAGGGCAUCCACUGGGGUGAUACCUUUUCAAAAGGUGCACAUUUGUACCUAAAAGGUCAAUUUCAGUACUUUAAGGGUACAUAUUAGUACCUAAAGAGAACAAAAGUGUGCCUCUUGAAAUUUUUAAGAAUUAAUAUGCAACUUUUGAGGUACCAAUGUGGAUAUGUUUGGCACAAAAUGUGUACUGUUUGAAAAGGUACCACCUCAGUGACAUCUCUUGUUCCUCUUAGAGGCUAUGUUUAAAUUUAUUUGACUACAAAUAAA